UGACUGAGAACAUUAGAGAUCCUAAUAAGAAUUUGGAAUUGUUGCGGCAUUUUAUUUAUAAAGUGAUAUUUGUAUCGGGGCUGUGUUUAUUGAAUUGACUGUGUCGUAUUUAUGUAUGGAUUGCUAGCAUUGUUUUAAAAUAAAGAUGGCUCUACUUUAUAGAGGGGUGAUUAUAAGUGCCUUGUUGGUGAUUUCUGUGGUAGCCGUGACCGCCGAAGCUGAUGAUUCUGAUGAUGGAGUAACUAUUGAGACGAUUGAAGAGGACGACUACCAGAGUCCACAAAUCGAUCACAAGAAUGUAUACCUGGCAGAGCAUUUUGAUGAUGUGGCCUCGUUCAAGAAGAAAUGGGUGAAGUCGGAGGCGAAGAAACAGGGUGUCGAUGAAAACAUCGCCAAGUAUGACGGAAAAUGGGAGAUCCAAUCGCCUUUGAGACGCAUCCUCAAGAACGACCUAGGAUUAGUUCUGACCACGGAGGCCAAACACGCAGCCAUAUCUACUUUGCUUGAUAAACCUUUCGAGUUCAAAGAUAAGCCCCUGAUCGUUCAAUAUGAAGUCACUAUGCAGGAAGGUCAAAACUGCGGUGGAGCCUACAUAAAGCUAUUAUCUCGAGGUCUGAAUACUAAGGCUGACCUCAAACAGUUUCACGACCAAACACCCUACACUAUCAUGUUUGGACCUGACAAGUGCGGCAAUGAUAAUAAACUCCACUUCAUCUUUAGACAUGAAAAUCCGAAGAACGGUACCAUUGAAGAGAAACACAGCAAGAAACCCACUCAACGUCUGGACGACAUCUACAAAGACAAGGAGCCGCAUCUGUACACAUUGAUCGUCCGCCCCGAUAACACUUUCACAAUUCUUGUCGACAACAAGGAAGCCAACGCUGGCUCACUGCUUGAAGACUUUACACCCCCCGUCAACCCCCCCGAGGAGAUCGAUGACCCUAAUGAUAAGAAGCCUGACGACUGGGAUGAGAGGGAAAAGAUCGUAGAUCCGACUGCUACAAAACCUCUAGACUGGGAUGAGGAUGCCCCCGCACAAAUCGUAGAUCCCAAUGCAGUCAAGCCCGAUACUUGGCUGGACGAUGAACCCGAGACCAUUCCUGAUCCAGAUGCUAAGAAACCCGAUGACUGGGAUGAAGAGAUGGAUGGUGAAUGGGAGGCGCCUCUCAUUGAUAACCCGAAGUGUGCCGCAGCCGCUGGAUGUGGCGAGUGGAAGCCACCCACCAUCCCCAACCCCAACUACAAGGGUCCAUGGCGCGCGCCCCUGAUCGCCAACCCCAACUACCGUGGAAAGUGGUCGCCGCGCCGCAUCCCCAACCCCCACUACUUCAGGGAUGACACGCCCUUCCGGAUGACGCCAGUCCAUGCCGUAGGUUUUGAGCUGUGGUCAAUGUCUCCCAUGCUGUUGUUUGACAACAUCAUCAUCACCGAUGAUGAACAAGUCGCAGAAGAAUGGGCCAAGCAGACGUAUGCCAUCAAACGGGCUAAGAUCACCAGUGAUUCGGAAUCACUUGUGGAGAGGGCGUUGAAAUAUGCGGGUGCUCACCCCUGGGUCUACGGAGUGGUCAUAGUGGGGGCCUUCUUGCUGGUGGGGCUCACGGCGUAUUGCUGCUGUAUGCCCAAGAGCGACGCAGAUUCGAUAACGAAAAAGACAGACGCCGUUGUCGAAGAUGAUCCUCACUCAGAGGGAGAAGGUCAAGAGGCAGAGGGGGAAGCAGAAGCAGAAGCAGAGCUCGAGGAAAAAGAAGAGAAGGAGAGUAAGAAGAGCAAAGCAGGGCUCGAGGGACACGAAGAGGAAGAGAAAUCUUCACCUGUAGACACAGAGGGCGCUGGUGACGGCCAGAGGAAAAGGAAACCCCGUAAGGAGUGAGCAUAUGAGUGAGAUAGACAUAUUUGUUUACUGUUAGUUAGAGUGAGACGGGUGUGUGCGAGUGAGAAGUGUAAUAUCGCCGGCUUAAAUUGCAAAACCUUGUAAAUAAAAGAUGUUCGACUCCUAUAGUUGUAAUAGAACACGUUCCACUUUUAAAAAAUCCUAGAUCUUU